AUUCUUUCGCAUCUUCUAGAGAAACGGGGUCACGAAAUCAAUAUCACCAGAGACAUCAUCAGAGCUGCAGUCCGGAAUGAUAGCAAAGGCGUGGAAAUUACUUCGCUACUCCUCAAACAUUAUAGGAAUCAAAUCACUCCGGAAAUUGUCUUGGCUGCCAUCGAGAACGGCGCGGAUGUGGUGAAGCUCUUACUUGACGAGCGGGGAGACGAGAUCAAACUAUCCGCAGAUCUAAUUUUAACCGCGGCUACUGACGGACAAUCAAUUGACGAAUCAGCUCUAUCGUUUCUCCUCGACCCGCUCAGGGGCCAGGUUCACAUAACGGAGGACUUCAUAGUGGCGAUUGCCUCGAAGGAAGGCUGCCAUGAACAUCUUAUGAAAAUGCUUCUUGAAGUGUGUGAAGACGAAGUAGAGAUAACAGCGGAGCUCUUUGACGCGGUCGAAAAUAAUCCAUGGCACAAAAAUAAAGUAAUGAUGCUCUUGCUCGAUAGAUUUAGGACCAAGUCCCAGAUUCCCGCCAAGUUCAUGGAAACUGUCGUAAAUAGAUUCGAUGGUACCAUUGUACGCAAAUUCAUCCAGAUAUAUGGCGAUGCUCUGGAGGUUGAUACCAAGAUCGUCAAAGCUGCCGUCCAAAAUCGUUUCCAUGGCUGGGACGUGGCGGCUGUGCUAUGGGAAGAGUACGGAGAUGAGAUUGAGAUCACCGAAGACAUUAUGGAGGCAAUAUUAGACAACCAGUACUGUGGCGAAGAUAUGAUGCGUGCCAUUCUGGCUGAGCGUCCACACAAGAUUCGAAUUAACGAAAAGGUCGUCAGAAUGGCGGCCUCUUUGCGUCCAGGAAUGUUGGCGCUGCUUCUUGAUCAGUACGGCGACGAGGUUUACUUGACGGACGACUUGAUAGACUCGUGCUUCAGCGCCACAGAUAUACAGACGAUUAUGAGAAAGCGGAAAGGGAAUAAGUUUCAGGUCACUGAACAUGUGCUCAUACAAGCAGCUCAACAGGGUUCGGACGGGAGGACAAGCAGAGAUGGCCAUCUGCUGCUGCAGCUCCUUCUUGAGUGGCGUUUGGAGGAGGUCCGACAUGGACUUACAGAAGACGUUGUCAGGGCUGCGGCUAGCAACGGUGAGAAUGGCGUGCGUUUUAUCACGUUACUCAUUGACAAGUGCGAAGACGUACUAGUUAUCACUGAAAGGGUUCUACAGGCCGCAGCCACGAACCAUCGUCAUGGCGAUCGAGUGAUGGCAAUUCUGCUAGAACGCUAUGGGGAUAGCAUUCACAUCACGGAGAGUGUUGUUGAAGCGGCGGUCAAGAACUCGUUCAGAGGCCACAAAGUCAUGGAAUUGCUUUUCGCAGCGCGAGGCGAUCGCAUCCCGAUCCCUGAACAGGUCCUAGCCCAUGCAAGUACGAAUCAUUUUGCCUUUAGGGUCAUACAAAUCCUUCUCGACAAGGGCGGAGACCACGUUCAGAUCACCGAAGAGGCCGUCAGCGUAACCUUUCAAGACACGUGGGGCGGCACAGAGAUUCUGGAACUUUUCCUAGAAAGAUACGCAGACAGUGUCCCUCUCACAGAGAAGAUCAUUAGUCUCGCAGCUGGCAACGAGCAGUGCGGUGAUAAGAUCAUGUCGUUACUUCUGAAG